GUUCGUUGUGCUUUAAAUCAUCACGCGGAUGGCGAAUAGGGUGACUCUUGUUUAAAAAUAAAUAAAUAGUUAAAAUAGGUGUCUCGGUUGAAAUAUGGCAUCUGUGAAAAAUGAAAUUAUUAACGAUUCCGAACCUACGAACGGGACACAUAUCAACAAGUUUUAUUUUUACGAGGUAGAACAAUUUACAGUAUUAUGGUUAUUACUGAUUGUGAUAGUAGCUGGGAAUUUAGGAGUUAUUUAUACAUUAACUAUAGGAAGAUCGAGGAAGAGUAGAAUGAAUUAUUUUAUUACUCACUUAGCUUGUGCAGAUUUAUUGGUUGGACUGAUAAGUGUUUUGACUGACUUGAUAUGGAGGACAACAGUAAGCUGGUAUGCUGGAAAUGCCGCCUGUAAGAUUAUAAAAUUUCUUCAAGUGGUGGUCACCUACGCAUCCACAUAUGUCUUGGUAGCCUUAAGUAUAGACAGAUACGACGCGAUAAGACAUCCAAUGAAAUUUUCUGGAAGCUGGAGAAGAGCUAAAUGCUUAAUUAUAGCAGCAUGGUUGAUUAGUGUCCUUUUCGCCAUUCCAAUAUUAAUAUUAUACGAAGAAAAACUUAUUCAAGGUCAAAAUCAAUGUUGGUUGUCAUUCUCAGCACAAUGGAUGUGGAAACUUUAUAUGACGUUAGUUUCCGUCAGUUUAUUCUGUAUACCUGCCAUUAUUAUCACAACUUGUUACGCGAUUAUUAUCGUAACGAUAUGGACGAAGAGCGCAUCCACCUUUCACCAUUUUAAGAGUAGAGCUAAUGGAGAACGAUCAGAGUCAGAUAACUUAAGAAGAGCGAGUUCAAGGGGACUUAUUCCGAAAGCGAAAGUUAAGACUAUUAAGAUAACGUUCGUGAUUGUAUCAGUAUUUAUAUUAUGUUGGAGCCCUUACAUAAUAUUUGAUCUUCUACAAGUGUACGAGCAGAUACCACAAACUCAAACUAACAUAGCUAUAGCCACAUUCGUACAAAGUUUAGCACCCCUAAACUCUGCAGCUAACCCUAUCAUUUAUUGCAUAUUUUCUACCCACUUUUGUCGAAGUCUAUGGUUGUUCCCACCUUGCAAAUGGAUUUCUAAGAAGAAGAAACGCAAACAAAAGGAUUCGACGCUUACGACACAAAGCAGUAGUUUAUCUGAAUAUUUGACAAACAAUCACAAAAAGAGAUCCGAAGGAGUCGGAACUGCGGUAGUCCGUGGACAUACAGUAUUAAUCCAUACCAAGAAAUGAUAUAUCAUUAUUUAACGAAUUUAAUUGUAUUUAUGUAUGUUGUAUGUACAGUAAAUAAAUUUAUCUUAUUUUA